GUUCCUCAGUCGCGACUUCUGGGCACCUUACCCUCUUUGCCCUGCUACUUUUCUCCUGAUGGUCUUUACUGAGGUCCCCCCCCCCCAAGAGAUGAUUUGAAGUGCUCCGCUGUGCCAGGCCCGAGUGGACAGCCAGCCAGCCGCAACUGAUUCUCGGUCCUCUUUGGUGCUCUGACGCGGCUUGGUUUCUUUUCUUUCCAGUUCCCUCCAGGUUACUCCACGAUCUUCGCUCCCAUGGCCCAGAAUGGGGCAGCCACUGUGGAGAAAGAAAUCCCCGCGCAUGAAGAAGACGUGGGGGCCGGGAGGGGCAUGACAGAUGACGUUUUCGAUGAGACCUACCGAGAGAAGAGCGGCCCCAAGCCUGCCAAGGUCUACGUCUGGAGGAACAUCAUCCUCAUGGCUCUACUCCACGUAGUUUCCCUCUACUCCCUCUGCGUCCUUCCCUCUGCAAAGUUCGCCACCUUGUUGUGGGCAUUUGUGUGCUUCCUCAUAAGUGGUUUGGGCGUCACAGCCGGGGCACAUCGCCUUUGGAGCCACCGGUCUUACAAAGCAACCUUGCCUCUCCGGAUCAUCUUGGCCAUUGCCAACUCCAUGGCUUUUCAGAAUGACAUUUUCGAGUGGGCCAGGGACCACCGCGUCCACCACAAGUUCUCCGAAACGGAUGCCGAUCCCCACAACGCAACCCGGGGCUUCUUCUUCUCCCACGUCGGCUGGCUGCUGGUGCGCAAACACCCGGACGUCAUCGAGAAGGGCAAGAAAUUGGACCUCUCUGACUUGAAGGCGGACAAAGUUGUGAUGUUCCAGAGGAGGUACUACAAGACCUCGGUGGUGCUGCUGUGCUUCCUGUUCCCUUCCUUUGUGCCUUGGUACUUCUGGGGAGAAAACUUCUGGAACAGCUUCUUAGUGGCCGCCGUCUUCCGCUACACCGUUAUCCUGAACGCCACCUGGCUGGUCAACAGCGCUGCCCACAUGUACGGCAACCGGCCCUACGACCGGCACAUCAAUCCCCGGGAGAAUCACUUGGUUGUCUUUGGGGCUUUAGGUGAAGGCUUCCACAACUACCACCACACGUUCCCCUUCGACUACUCCACCAGCGAGUACGGCUGGCGGUGGAACUUCACGACGGGUUUCAUCGACCUCAUGUGCUCCCUCGGCUUGGCGAGCGACCGCAAGAGCGUCGGCAAGGCGGCCAUCGUGGCGCGGAAAAUUGGGACUGGGGACGGGAGCGACAAGACUGGCUGAAGGCCCACGGCCUCCCCCUCCCGUAUCUUCGACCGCCGCCUCAUCCUUGAAACAACCUGGGCAUGCGUUUCAAUGUUCCGUUCACUAACUACCGAGCAAUGCUUUCAGGAUGCUUCAAGGUGACAACUCUAACUCUUCCCCCCCCCCUUCCCCACAGCUCUCUCUUUUGAACAGAUGUCUUUCCUUUGAAACUGUAGUUUUCUCUUUCUCAGUCUUGAAGCUGUCUUUCUCCUCCCUCCCCCCCAAAAAAGGUGUCUUUUCUCUGCGUGUCCCUCUUUUCUCAUUAGGAGCUGGUAGAGCAUCCCACACCGGCUGACAUUUCCUGCAGCCAGUCAGAGGGGUUGGGGAAUUACCCCCUUCUGCAACACGGCUGCACAAGAGCCGGAGACUUCCUUCCCCCGAAACAGCACUGGCGCAGGCUUCACGAAAGGCCGGCUCUCUAGCGCCUAAACCUGGAGAGCGGUCCUUUCUCUCUCUCUUUCCUCAAAGGAGGGGGUCUGUUGCGCCAGGAGUUCCGGUGUCUCCUGGAGACUGAGAAGAGGGGGAUGUGUGUUGUGAAGGUUAGAGUAGGGAUGGAAAGGAGAAAGACCCUGGCUCCCCCCCCCCCCGGAGUAGGGGGUGGGCCUCGGUUUGAGAUGGUCUCCUGCCUGCCCUCUGGAGACGCAGCCGUUCUCCUCCUCUCGUUCUCUUGCCACCGAAAGCGAGAGGAAGAUGUGGGUGCCGGAGGACCCCGCGGCCUGGGAGCGCCGCACGGCUAAGCAAAAUGGUUUGGUUCCGUGGGAACCGAUUUGGUGGGGGAAACGUGCAGGGUGGGGGAG